AUGGAAUGCCGACGAAAGGCCAGGCUUCUCCCGAUUUCGGGAGUUUCACAAGAUGAUAUUGGGGACAAAAUACGUGUUUAUGGGUACUUGACCCUUCCAGAAGAUGCGACGUCAGCGAUAGCGCUUGUCCAUUCUCCUCGAGCAAAACUAUCUAGUCCACAAGGCAUGCCCAAACCUGGCGAUAGUAAACCCAAGCCUGUAAGGCAAAAGGGCUCUGGGCUCCUCGUCGAUCUUUCACUUUGCCUGUCAGGUGGAAACGACUUGCUCCGCGAGUCUGGAUUCUUGGUGAUGGCAGUCGGCAACUUGGAGAGUAUGGACGACCAUUCUCUCCAUGAGUUUAUCCGGACCAGUGAACGGGCACUCAGGAUCUCCAUAGAUGACAAGCUCAUUUUACGUCUCAUACUCUUAAGAGAGGCGCGCAAUAACACCCUCAAGGAUUUAGAAGAUGCAAUAGUCAUACGUAAUGAUUUUGAGAAGGAUCAAGGAAACUCGCGCUAG